AGGCAACCCGCUGGAUCCAGACCGGCCGCGUGCUCCCCCCUUCGUAAGUUGGUGGGAAGAGUGGAAUGUGGGAAGUUGGGAUCGCUGUGCGUAUCCAGUAGUUGUGUAUAUGGUGUGCGUGUGUGGGUAGUUUCUUCUGGAAUGGCGGGGGAACCGGGUGGGUGCCGGGCAAGGAGUGUGUGCAGGUACGUAAAUGCUACAUGCCCCGAGGGGACUUUUCCCGGAGCAAAGCGAAGGGAUGUGUCGCCCUCAAAACUGUGCGUCUGUGCGUCUCUGCGUGCGUAUACGGCACAAUCCCGAGGGCGCUUGCCCUUCCGCUCGCCGGGGCCGCACGGCCGCCAAUGAUAUGCAGUGUUGUAGCACUCGCAUAAUAGAUAUGCACGAUAUUAAAAAUGGGGGCGCGGCGCCGGCCGCGCGCGGAGAAAACAGGUCGCGACGGUUUCGCGAGCAUAAAAACUUUGCGAGCGGUCCCGCGCGCACUCCGGCGCGAGCUCGCGCCGAACUGUGCAUAAUAUGAAUUUAACAUAUCAUUUACUGAUAUACAAUCGCAUCAGCGGGGCGCCGGGCGAUCGGGACAGCGAGUUUGGGAACGAUGCUCGGCAAAUUUCUAGAAGCUGCCUCGCGCCGGGCUGCUCGCCCGGCCUCCAGCGCAGCGCCGCUCGGUGUGCCGCUGCUGCGCACAGGCCACGGCCCAAGGGCGGCUGUGCGCGUCAGCGGCACCAGCGGCAGUGGCCUGCGCGGUCGCCGCCUGCACGCCACCACCACUCGCCCGCCGCUGCAGCUGCCCUGCAGCCGCCCCGUCCCCGCUGGCACCCGCAGGAGCUGCGUCCGCGUGCUCGCGUUCCGCUGGGGCAGCGGCAACAACAGCGACAACAAGUCCGCCGAAGCCGCGGGCGGCGCCUCGACACAGCCUCCACAACCUCCGGCCGCAGCCGAGUCGCAGCCUAGCGAGUCUGACAGCAUUCGCGACAUCGACGCCAUGCUCGGCAAGGCGCCCAAGCUGGCGGGCUUUACGGAUGUCGCCGAGGGCGAGGCGGGCGGCGGCGGCGGCGGCAGUGGUAGCGAGGCGGAGCGGGCGGAGGAGGUGCGGGUGCGGCGGCAGGAGGCCUUCCGUGAGGUGCUGCGUCCGCCGCCCUCGGGCUACUGCGAGCCCACGGACGAGCUCAUGUCCCAGGCGCGCGCCGAGGCGGACGCACAGCAGCAGCUCGCCACCAACGCCCUCAUCAAUGCCCUGGGCGACAGCAGCAGCAGCAGCAGCAGCAGCAGCAGCAGCGGCGGCGGCGCCCACCGGCUGCUGGCGGCGCUGGAGGGCGACCCACGGACUCGGGGGGUGGGCCGCGCGGCGGGGCGCUCCGUACAGGGGCUGCAGCGGUGGUGGGCGGGCGUGCCGGACAAGCGGCUGGUGGUGGCGGAGGCGGCGGCGCUGGCUGUAGCCGCCUACCUGGGCAGUGCGGUGCUGGGGGCGGUGGAGCGGGCGCCGCUACUGCCGCAGGCCUUCCAGGCGGUGGGUCUGGCCUACUCCUCCUGGUUCUGGUGGCGCUUCGUGCUGUUCGCACGCGGCCGGCAGGAGCUGCGGCAGCUGCUGGGGCGGGCGCAGGCGGCGGUGGCCGAGUCCGUGUCCGACCUGGCGGAGGCGGCGGACAGCGCGGCGGCGGCGGCGGCGGCGGCGGGAGGCAAGGACGACGCGGCCGCCGCCGCCGCCGCCACGGCUGGUGCCGAUGCUCAGCGGCGCGAGGCGGAGGCGGACUCCACCCAGGCAUACGUGGAGGGGCUGCUGCAGGAGCUGGACGAGCGCCAGGCCCGCCUCCACACCCACGACCAAGGGGGCGAGGAGGAGGAAGAGAAGCAGGAGGGGGAGGAGGGGGCCGCAGCCCCGCCCACCACCACCCCCUGGGCCUCCUCCUCUGGUACCGAGGAGCAGCACCGCCGCGGCGGCAGCGGCGGCGGCGGCGGCAGCGGCCGCGGCGGCCCGCCGGCGGUGUUUGCGCUGCGGCUGCUUUCGGCGGCGGCGGCGGCGGGUGGCGGUGAUGGUGCCGGUGUGUUGAUGGCGCGGCAGCGUGGGCCCGAGGAGGUGGAGGGCAUGAACGGCAUUCCCGACCCCUCCGCCUCCUCCGCCUCCUCCGCCUCCUCCGCCGCCUCCGCCUCCGACCCGCCGCAGCAGCAGUCCCCCGCCUCCGACCCCCCACCGCAGAUGGCUCUGGACCCCUGCCUGGGGUGGGACACGGAGGCGUGCGCCGCCACCGGCCACAUGCAGCUGGAGGCGCCCGACAUGGCCAAGCUGGAGGCGCUGGCGGAGGAGGCGGCUCGGCAGGCGCGUGCGGCCACCGGCUUCAGCCGGCACGUAGACCAGGCGCUGCACGCGCCCGGCCGCAGCCGCGGCGCCUCAAUGGAGGAGGAGGACCUGGAGGGGGAGUACGGCAGGGCAGCGGGCGCGCUGGAGCGGCAGGAGAUGGAGCAGAUGGCCAAGCAGCCCCACGCGGUGAUGCCUCACCCCAGGUCCCAGCGCCAGCCGGCACAGGGCGAGGAGACCGGCAACGGGCCGCAGCGGUGAGCAGCGGCGAGUGAGAGCGGUGAGCGCUCAUGGAUGAUGGGCGGUUCCGGACUUGUCCGGGUGGACGUUGAUUUGGUUGGUUGGGCUAGAGGAUGGUUGUGGAGUGGCGCGGCGCGGCGUGGCGUGGCGUGGGGGCACCGGCGCCGUGACACGUCGCGGAUUGGGAUCUUUCUUGGGCCCAGAGGGGGGAGGUCAUACGUGUGAACGAGGACGUGCAGAGUUAAGGCGACGGAAGGGACGGUGCAAGGGCCCUGCACGAUUGCGCAGCGCAGGCGGCUGUGUCUGUUUGCAGCUGGCUAGCUGAGCGGCAGCACAGCUGCGGUAGGGAUAUGCUUCUAUUGCGGGAGUAGGCACGAGGCGCAGACUUGCGGUAGUUGGGUGCAGCUAGCUAGCUUUUAUUUUCAAGAGCAGCAGCUAUAUCUGUGUCCGCUGGUUGUUGGUGAUUGGAACAUUCGAGGCAGGCUGAAGUUGACGCUGACUGUUGGGCUAACUCGUGCGGAGGUGAGGAAAUCGUGCGGAGGUGAGGAAAGCGUUGGGUAAGUUGGGGCUGGGAACGUGUGCUGCUGCGACUUGAGGGGGCAACACACAAGUGACAGUCCGCUGGCGAGGAUGAGAUGUAAUUAACACACGCAAGCCCACAGCGUCUCGUGUAAACGAACGGUUCUGCCGGCGCACGUGAAACAUUUCAGCGGUACUUUGGUACGCUUUACCCGACACAGCAAACCGCCGACGCGCGCUUUGCUUGGGCUCCGCAGCUCGCAAGACCUCGGGCAUGCAAGUGCAAGAGCUCGAGUGGACAGCUGAACUCCAGGUAUCAAAUAAUGUGAAUUACAGCUGCUAAGCGUGACGUGGCACCGCCAAUCCGCCAU